UUUAGCAAAAAAACACACCAAAACUUUUGUGUGCGUGUGACAAGGCUUAUCGGUAGACAUUGCGUAGCACAUCAACAAAGCAAUGCUGCUGAGACUGAGACUGAGGCCAAUCUCCAUGUCCAUGUCCUCCUCGCUAACUCUCUUUCACCUCCCAUUCCAAAGCCUCUCUCUCCAACGCCAAACUCAAAUCAAACUAAAACCCUUCCUUCAAUUCAGCCCCUCUAGACCCCUCUCUAUAUCUUCUUCUUUCUCUACUUCGGUGGCCCAAGUGCCACUACGCUUUUCAAACAGCCUCGAUGUCGAUGAUCAUCAUCUCUCUUGCUCCAUGCCCAACACCAAGCCCCUCAGAGUCGCCGUCCUUGUCAGUGGCGGCGUCGACAGCAGCGUCGCUCUUCGCCUCCUCCACGCCGCUGGCCAUUCCUGCACCGCUUUCUACCUCAAAAUCUGGUUCCAAGAAGACUUUGAGAACUUCUGGUCAGAGUGCCCAUGGGAAGAAGAUUUGAAGUAUGCUAAAGCUGUUUGUAAUCAAGUUGGUGUCCCAUUAGAAGUUGUGCAUUUGACAGAUGAAUAUUGGAAGAAUGUGGUGUCUUACAUUAUUGAGGAGUAUCGAUGUGGCCGUACUCCUAACCCAGAUGUUCUUUGCAAUACAAGAAUAAAGUUUGGUGCAUUCAUGGAUGCCAUCAGCAGUAUGAAUUUUGACUAUGUUGCUUCUGGACAUUAUGCAAAAAUCGUUCACUCCUCCACAGAUCAGAUGGAUAACCCUUCUGUUUUAGAACUUUCGAAAGACAUGGUCAAGGAUCAAACAUACUUCCUUUCGCAUCUCUCGCAGGCUCAGCUCAAGCAACUAAUGUUCCCACUUGGUUAUAUCUCAAAGGAAGAAGUUCGCAAACUUGCUACAAGAUUUGAUUUACCUAACAAAGAUAGAAAGGAUUCACAAGGAAUAUGCUUCCUUGGGAAGAUAAAGUUCAGUGAAUUUGUUGGUAGACAUAUUGGGGAGAGGGAAGGUGUAAUAUUGGAAGCUGAGACAGGAGAUUUCCUUGGAAAACAUCGAGGUUUUUGGUUCUACACAAUUGGUCAACGCCAAGGUCUACGUCUCCCUGGAGGACCCUGGUAUGUUGUUGAGAAGGACAUUAAAAACAAUGUAGUGUUUGUGUCAAGAAAUUACUUCUCAUUUGACAAAAGAAGACGCAUAUUUCGUGUUGGCUCCAUAAAAUGGCUUAGUGGGUUGCCUCCAAAUCAGUUAUGUCAGCUCCAGUGCAAGGUCAGACAUGGCCCUGGAUUUUACAACUGCAGUUUAGAAAUGGAACUUGGUCAAGACGGUAGUGAAGACAUUGCAGUUGUCCACUUAUCUGAAGAUGAUCAGGGCCUGGCAGCUGGGCAGUUUGCAGCCUUCUAUCAGGGAAGAACCUGCUUGGGCUCUGGCAUAAUUUUGGAGUCCUGGGAUGAUCAAGGUUUUCCUGUGUGUGCAAAGGCGCUCGAAAUUGCAAGAAUGGAAGAUAAAUCAAAGCUUGGGAAACCAAUUAAGAUAAAAAUUAAACCAGAAACUCCUCUAGUGGAAUCUAAUGAUACUGAUGGACAAGAGCUUUGUAGAGGACUACAAAAUUCCCAUGUUGUAGCCGCUAAACAGAGAAAACGGGCAUCUAAGGAAGAAUCAAUCUCUAUAUUCCCUGCGAAUUGGCUGCGAAAGAUUCUAGGGAAGUGGAGGCAGAUCUUUUAGCUUUUGUGAUCUCAAGGGCAGGAGAAUUGACCACAGUGGAGGAGAAAUCAUACAAGUGAUAGUUUGCAUCCAGUAUAAAAUCUUGUGAAUGGCUGGAAUAAUGCUUCAGUCUCUUAUCCUAUGUUUGGAUGGAGGGGUGGGGGGGGGGUGGGGUCUAGUUCCAGCUAUCUUCCCCCCUCUCCUCCUGACUCCCUCCAUUCUAAACAUAUCCUUAGUGAUUCUCAUGUUGAGGUAGAAAGGUAACAUGGAAGUUCAUUAGGUAGUACAUUAGAUAGUUUGAAACCUUGAAUUGGUCAUUGGGUUGUAGCAACUAUUUUACAUCAUAUUCUUUGAGGCAAUCAUAUUCUUUUUCAUGGGGUGGGUUGAAUCUGCAACAAUUAGCUGCAGAUAUUAAUAUAUCUAUAAUGUAUGUUGUAUUUAAAAAUA